UACUCUUAACAAUUCCACACUUAACUACAGUUCAAUAAAGCGCUGUAUGCCCACCAGCCUUAUAAGACAAUUUUGUUAUCCGCUAGCUGGUGCACCGAAGUGUUUAUUUAAUAUAAAUCUUCAGGUCGGGCGAGUUUCUGUAGAUUUGCAUUCAGGGUCCGUCAUACUUUACGUUGUUGUUGAUUUCACGUGAUCGUGAUUAGGCAGUUUAAUUACGUCGGUAGUACCGAAGAAAAACAAUUACCAUAUGGCGGAAUACGUUCAGACCUUUGAAAGCGAGACACUUUGUGAAUGCAUAGAGAUCGUGAAAGAUGUCCAAGAUGGUAACCUGAUCCUUGGCUUUGCAAUUGGAGGUGGUAUUGAUCAAGAUGCAUCGAAGAAUCCAUUCAUACCAAAUGAUUCGGGUAUUUUUGUCACUCGUGUUUACCCUGGUGGUCCUGCGGACAAGGCUGGCCUUAAAGUUGGGGACAAGAUACUGCAAGUGAAUGGUUAUGAUGUCACAAUGGCCACUCAAAAGCAAGCAAAAAAACGACUCGUCAAAAAUCAGCGGAUCGUUCGUUUAAAAGUCACACGUCCUAAUCUUAUUGAAGCAGAACUCCUAGAAAGUACUGAAAAAGAUAAACCAGCAGAUAACUAUCGGCAUCAGGAAUAUAUAUAAAGUCCACAGGACAGUACCCUAUUUUCUUGAUUAGGCUAUUAAGGAAUAGAGAUUGUAUUACAAUACUUAUAAAAAAAAAUGAAAAAUCCUGUUGUUUAAGUAUAUCAUUUAAAGUUGAUUUAAACUUUAAAUUCUUAUUUCUCUUUUUUUUCCUAUACUUUCUCUUUCAACUACUUUAAGAAACAAAAUCAUGCAUACUAUCAGAGGCAUUUUUUACUGUUUGUUUACCCUUGAUUGUUUAAUAAAACCAAACAGUUUCAUUUGUAUACUUAUAUCAAAAACAGUGUUUCAUAUACCCCUUUGCAAUAAUAUGUAAACCCAAGUUCUGGUACUAAUUAAUGUAUUACAUUUACAAUCAUUAAAUUUGCAGCAUAUCCCUCAUUCUAAAUUUUAAUUGCCUUCAUGACAUAUUAUAUUAUUCAUUUGGUGGGUCUCAUAAUUAUGUAGCCUGUUUUCUAUACUUUCUUUUAAAAACGGACAAACUGCUGUCACAGAAAACCUUUUCGGUAAAUCAUAUUGCACUCUUUGCUAAUUUCUGUAAUUUUUUACUGGUGCUGUAUGAAAUCUUCUGUUACAGUAAUGGUACAAAUGUUAAUGUGUUCCUAUUGCCUUUGUAUUCCUUUUAAGAUGAAGUACUUUUUCAUUCUUAUCAAUUUUGUAAUCACUUAUAUCCACUGCUUUGUGUACUUUUGCAGCAAA